AUGACUGCUGUGUCUGCCGCAGGCAUCAAUGAUCCUCUGAUGAGCUUCCGCUUGCCUCUUCAACGUGACAAAUUCGAUACCAUCAUUAGCGCUUACGUCCCAACAAGGACCGGCUCAGACGAGGCGAAGACCAAGUUCUACGAAGACCUGCACGACCUGCUGGCGUCUGUGCCGAAGGCGGAUAAGUUGACUGUCUUUGGUGACUUCGAUGUCCGCGUCGGGACAGAGUGUACUGCCUGGGGAGGAGUGCUGGGUCCUCACGGAAUCGCCAGCUGCAACGACAACGGCCUCCAUCUCCUGGGACCUGCGCCAAACACCGUCUCCUGCUGA